AUGUACUUAGCCAAACCUGAAGAACUCAGGGCUCAACGCGCUGUGGCCAGCUGGAGACGACCACGAAAUCCGUUUUGGAUGAACCUUCGUCUGAUGGACGCAGAAAAGGGCUAUGAGCGAUAUGGUCGACGGCUGGCGGCAGAGCUAAAUACCAAGUGGACCGAGUACUGGACCUUCCUAGAUGAUUUCGCUGAUCUGCGAUCAGAUUACGGCCUUGGUCUCCUCAACGACUAUCUGGCGCAAUUCUACGUCUCUGACAAAAAAACCCAACAAUCCUCCCCUGCCACACACGGUUCUUUCCCGUAUCGACUUCCUGACCUCGAUGGGAGCAUACAGGAGUCCAUCCCCAAAAGAACUCCUAGCAAGCGCGUCAAAUGUGAGCAGAAUGGCGCUUCAGCAAUGCUAUCAAAUGCCAAGGAGAAACUCUGUCCCUGGACUGCCUACAGGGAGGACAACAACCCAGAGCACGUUUCCUCAGAUAGUUUCGAGGGAUCUUCCUCCUCAUCAACGUCAUCUUCCUCCGGCAAUUCUUCCAUUGAUGUUGAUCCAAAAGCCCUUUCGCCGAAGCAGAUGUCGCCGGUAAUUGGGAUGCUAAACAACUUCAUAGUUUCCUCUCCGCUGCGUCUCAUUUUGCCCCCAUCCUGCGCUAGUGGCAGCAGCCCGACCAUCUCGCGGCCAGAGAAACGCAUCUCCAUGUUUUCUCACGGUGAAGCCGUCACUAGUACCACACUACGACGCAUUCCUCUGGCACCAUCUCAAAAAACGCCGUCGACAAUGCAAAAAUCAGCGCGCAGGCACGUCAUUGACGGUAUGUGGCCGAGUCUUCUAGACGCCCGGACACCAGACAGAGGAGGCCGCACAAAAUACCUGCAGGCUUCUAUCACGCCUGCGGAAAUUAGUGUCCGCAAUGCACUCAACUGUGAUGUUGCACCCAAUGAGAGCUCCAACCGAAAUGGGUUGAAGGAGGAUAGAGUGGAUCUCGAAAAUUACCCCUUUGUGAAGCAGUGGAAACGAGAACUGGACCUAUCAUUACAGCAUUGA